CGAAUCAUCGCAGAAGUGGAAUUCACUUUGUCGAGAUCCGCACACUUCGGUUUCAGGCUCUCGCAACUUCGCUGACUGACUUCAAUUUCUGUUCUACAACAAAUAGUACAUUCUCUCUUGGCAGAUUGUGCACUUUUGGAUUUAUUUUACAGGAAUAUAUAACGUCGCAUAUGAAGAAAAAAGUCUUUAAUUUCAUUUGAAUGAUCCGACACACACCUGCCUUUUGAUUUAAUUCAAACUCCAAAAGCGACCUGAUUGAUGAAGGAUGUUGCAAUAGUCAGGAGAUAUUGGUAAUUUCAAGAGGAGAGAAGUUCAUGAAUAUCCCCAUGCUGUUGGUCAGAAGAGAGACGCCCUCUCUAGAGCGCUAACGUCCAACCUUCAAGAUGAACGAGUUGCCGGUGUGGGUGGGUGGCAAGGAGAAGAUCGUCGGAGGCCUCAACCGUCACACCAGAUGUGAAGAUGUCAUCGCAAUUCUCCUCCAAGACCGUUACAAACUUUCAAAGUGCGAACUGUCUCCUGCGAAUCUUGAGUGUUACGCCCUCUUCGAGAAAUGGCGGGGAUGUGAGCGUCAGCUGAGCCCACGGACGCGGAUGUAUAAGCUAUGGAAGGCAUGGGGAGCUGAGCGUGACAACGUCAAAUUCACGCUGAGGAAGAGCGUUGCUAUUUCUAAACGUCGUAACAGCUUAGACAGUGAAGUUGACGGUGAAAGCGGUGGGAUUAAGCUCAGAGAAAAGACCAAACAGGUGAAGAGCCAGGGACAGUACAACCUUAAAGAAGGGAUUGUAGCCUUUGACUUGAAGAAAAAGACUAGCAGUGGUGACGGUCGGGUUAAUCGUGAAAGUAAGAAAAAGGAAAAACGAAGACGAAGUUGGGCGGAUGAGAGUGACGUUGGUUUCUCUGACGUCCGCAUUUUGUGCCCGCCGCCGUUAGAUUGUGAUUCUAGCGCUUCGACAUCCAGUUCAAGUGGUAAGGUCACAGCAGAGGGUCCAACAACACUCGCAGAGGAAGUCGAAGGGAAGGUGAAACUCCCGUUAAACGAACAAGACUCUGAGGCCCUCAUCCAGAGGAUCUUAAAGCAGAGUCACCAGUUGCACAAUCUCCUAGAAACAAUAUCAUCUGUCGACAACGAUAUUGAUAUGUAUGAAACAAGGCUGCACAAUUUAAGAAUGCAGGCUGACGGCAGGAAUUAUGUUCAAGAAGCUUAUCUAUCAGGUUCGGGUAAUGAUGGUGAGGCGGCUGAAGGCAAUAGUGCGGGUCACUUUGCCAAAUCCUUUGGACAUUUGAGCUUGGGAGAUCAGAGUCCUGAUCCAAACACGCGGAUUCCUUCAGCUCCUCAUGAAGCAGCCAUUCGUGAUCUGGAGGAGUACACGGCACUCUGCGACAGACUCUUCCACGCAGAUGAACAACUAAGACAAACUCAGGAUGUCGUUUCUGAUCUGGCCCAGGAAAUAUUUCAGGAAACUUCUGAGCAACAGGCUGACCCUACUGAUAUGAGUGAAAUAAAACCCAACACGAGACCAAGACGGUAUGAAAAGAAACGAGGUGUUUGUAGUACAAAGUUAACGCACAACCGAGCAGCGAAGGAUAUAGGCGUUGCAAGAACGCAGUUAGAACGAACCACACAAGCAUCCGCAGCAAAAUGCAGUGAGAUUGACACACUGCAAGAUGAGCUCCACGAGACUGAGAAAGUUUAUAACGAUAAAUGUGAUCGAUUAAACAAACUGACCAAUGAAUUAGCACAACUGGAGAAGGAUGUCCAUGAAAGGUCGACUGAGGAUGACGAAAUCCGCGCAUGCGUGGAUCAGAAUCAUUCAACCCCGGUGAACAUGCGCAGUAAGAACAGCUCAAUGGAAUCGAGCCUCGAUCAGGGUAUUGACCAUGACUUCUCACCGAUCGAUAUGACCAAUAGGAAAUCGCCAUCGAGGUCAUGUGACACGGACUCUAGCUCAGACACCGGACUGAGCUCACUUCACAGUCAAGACGAUUCAGAACAAAUGGUGUACAAUAUUGCAGAGACUUUAGUGUAAUUUAGCAUAGUGAGCAUUAUCAGUAUAUCUGUCAGUUCCCUUGCAAAUUAAGGUGCUACCCUCAUUUUCGGCAAAAUUCGUAUUAUUGACAGGUAGUGUAGCAUAUGUCGGUGGAA